AUGGAUGGGCAUCGUUUCUACUCAAGUCCCAAUGUGGGCAAUAUGGAUCAAUGGAACCAACGUGUUGGUAACCUCCCCAUGAACCCGCCUGGUGCAAAUGCCAAUUUCAUACCGAAUGGAUUUCGUCAACAGUCCAAUUUCUACAUUCCUCAGCAACAACAAACUACACAGCGUUGGAAUGAUGAUAUGGGAGGUGCAGCCACAAAAUCGUGGUCUCAACAAGGUCCUCGUGAUGAGCACAAAGAAAGAGAAUUGUUUUCGUGUGUAAACAGUGGCAUAAAUUUCGAUAAAUAUGAGGAGAUUCCAGUGGAGGCAUCUGGUAGUGAUGUACCUCGGCCGUGUGCAUCUUUCGACGAGUUGUCACUGCACGUUUGGAUUCAAGAAAAUAUCAAGAAAUCGGGAUAUACAAAACCGACGCCUGUUCAG